UUUCCGGAGCGGAUCGCAACCCGGAGUCCGGAUCCGACCCCGCUCUGCACAUUCCAAAGGUGUCAGCGAUGGCUGAAGAUGGGAGUGAAGAGAUUAUGUUCAUCUGGUGUGAAGACUGCAGCCAGUACCACGACUCCGAAUGUCCUGAGCUGGGCCCCGUGGUCAUGGUCAAGGACUCCUUUGUGUUGAGCAGGGCAAGGUCGUCCCUUCCUCCCAACUUGGAGAUCAGACGACUGGAAGAUGGGGCUGAAGGAGUAUUUGCUGUGACCCAGCUCGUCAAGCGAACGCAGUUUGGUCCAUUUGAAUCUAGGAGGGUCGCCAAGUGGGAGAAGGAGUCUGUGUUUCCCCUGAAGGUGUUCCAGAAGGAUGGGAACCCCGUCUGCUUCGACACCUCCAACGAGGACGACUGCAACUGGAUGAUGCUGGUGCGGCCGGCAGCGGUGCCCGAGCACCAGAACCUGACGGCCUACCAGCAUGGCAGUGACGUGUACUUCACCACCUCACGCGACAUACCCCCUGGCACUGAGCUGCGCGUGUGGUAUGCAGCCUUUUAUGCCAAGAAGAUGGACAAGCCCAUGCUGAAGCAGUCCUGCUCUGGUGUCCACGCUGCAGGCACCCCAGAAAAUAGCAUCCCGGUGGAAUCGGAGCCUAGCCAGUGGGUGUGUAAAGUGUGUUCUGCCACCUUCCUCGAGCUGCACCUCCUGAACGAGCAUCUCCUGGGUCACUUGGAACAAGCCAAAAGCCUUCCUCCUGGUGGCCAGAAUGAGGUGGCUCCUGAGAAGGAAUCAGAUGCCCCCCGGGGGGAACCCCCUGCAAUGCCCGAGAGUGACUGUGUCAGGGCUGCCAAAGAACAGAAGAAGAAGCCUCGAAGGGGAAGGAAACCCAAAGCAUCAAAAACCGAGCAACCUCUGGUCAUCGUGGAAGACAAGGAGCCGGCAGGUGUGAGCUGGUCCCGGGAGCAAGUGGCGGAGAUCAUCACUGAGGUCCCACCGGACGAGCCUGUGAGCACAUCGCCAGACGAACGGAUAAUGGAGCUGGUCUUGGGGAAGCUGGCCACAGCAAAUGAAGUCAGCUCAGUGCCAAAGUUCACCCAUCAUCAGAAUAACACCAUUACCCUCAAGAGGAGUUUAGUUCUCUCGAGCAGACACGGCAUCCGGCGAAAGCUCAUCAAACAACUUGGGGAGCACAAGCGGGUUUACCAGUGCAGCAUCUGCAGCAAGAUCUUCCAGAACAGCAGCAACCUGAGCCGGCACGUGCGCUCACACGGUGACAAGCUGUUUAAAUGCGAGGAAUGUGCCAAGUUGUUCAGCCGCAAAGAGAGCCUAAAGCAGCAUGUUUCUUACAAGCACAGCCGGAAUGAGGUCGAUGGUGAGUACAGGCACCGCUGUGGCACAUGUGAGAAGACCUUCCGCAUCGAGAGUGCGCUGGAGUUCCACAACUGCAGGACAGAUGACAAGACGUUCCAAUGUGAGAUGUGUUUCAGAUUCUUCUCCACCAACAGCAACCUCUCCAAGCACAAGAAGAAGCACGGGGACAAGAAGUUCGCCUGUGAGGUCUGCAACAAGAUGUUUUACCGCAAGGACGUCAUGCUGGACCACCAGCGGCGGCACCUGGAAGGCGUGCGGCGGGUGAAGAGAGAGGACCUGGAGGCCAGCGGGGAGAACCUGGUCCGCUACAAGAAAGAACCUUCCGGCUGCCCAGUGUGUGGCAAGGUGUUCUCCUGCAGGAGCAACAUGAACAAGCACCUGCUGACCCAUGGCGACAAGAAGUACACCUGUGAGAUCUGUGGGCGCAAGUUCUUCCGCGUGGACGUGCUCAGGGACCACAUCCAUGUCCACUUCAAGGACAUUGCGUUGAUGGACGACCACCAAAGAGAGGAGUUCAUUGGCAAGAUUGGGAUCUCAUCUGAGGAGAAUGAUGACAAUUCUGACGGGAGUGCAGACUCGGAGCCCCACAAGUACAGCUGCAAAAGGUGCCAGCUCACCUUUGGCCGGGGAAAGGAGUACCUGAAGCACAUCAUGGAGGUGCACAAGGAGAAGGGCUACGGCUGCAGCACCUGCAAGCGGCGCUUUGCGCUCAAGGCCACCUACCAUGCCCACAUGGUCAUCCACCGCGAGAACCUGCCUGACCCCAACGUGCAGAAGUACAUUCAUCCCUGCGAGAUCUGUGGGCGGAUCUUCAACAGCAUCGGGAACUUGGAGCGCCAUAAACUCAUCCACACAGGGGUGAAGAGCCACGCCUGCGAGCAGUGUGGGAAGUCCUUUGCCAGGAAGGACAUGCUCAAGGAGCACAUGCGCGUGCACGACAACAUCCGCGAGUACCUGUGCGCCGAGUGUGGGAAAGGCAUGAAGACCAAGCACGCACUGCGCCACCACAUGAAACUGCACAAAGGCAUCAAGGAGUACGAGUGCAAAGAGUGCCACCGCAAGUUCGCACAGAAGGUCAACAUGCUCAAGCACUACAAGCGGCACACAGGGAUUAAAGAUUUCAUGUGUGAACUGUGUGGAAAGACUUUCAGUGAGAGGAACACCAUGGAGACGCACAAGCUCAUCCACACGGUGGGCAAGCAGUGGACGUGCUCUGUGUGUGACAAGAAGUACGUCACUGAGUACAUGCUGCAGAAGCAUGUGCAGCUCACUCACGACAAGGUGGAGGCGCAGAGCUGCCAGCUAUGCGGGACCAAGGUGUCCACCAGGGCCUCCAUGAGCCGUCACAUGCGGCGCAAGCACCCAGAGGUGCUCGCGGUGAGGAUUGAUGACCUGGACCACCUCCCAGAGACCACGACCAUUGACGCCUCCUCUAUCGGCAUUGUCCAGCCCGAGCUGACUCUGGAACAGGAAGAUUUGGCCGAAGGGAAGCACGUGAAAGCUGCCAAGCGCAGUCACAAAAGAAAGCAGAAGCCAGAAGAAGAGACAGGGGCUCCGGUGCCUGAGGAUGCCGCCUUCAGCGAGUACUCUGAGAAGGAGACCGAGUUCACUGGCAGCGUGGGUGAUGAGACCAAUUCCGCAGUGCAGAGCAUUCAGCAGGUGGUGGUGACACUGGGUGACCCAAAUGUGACUGCUCCGUCAAGCUCAGUCGGCUUGACCAACAUCACCGUGACCCCCAUCACCACUGCAGCUGGGACUCAGUUUACCAAUCUCCAGCCGGUGGCCGUGGGACACCUUACCACCCCCGAACGCCAGUUACAGCUGGACAACUCAAUCCUGACCGUGACCUUUGAUACUGUCAGUGGCUCUGCCAUGUUGCACAACCGCCAAAAUGACGUCCAGCUCCACCCCCAGCCGGAAGCCUCAAACCCGCAGUCUGUGGCCCACUUCAUCAACCUGACCACUCUGGUCAACUCCAUCACACCCCUGGGGAACCAGCUCAGUGAGCAGCACCCUCUCACGUGGCGGGCGGUACCCCAGACUGAUGUCCUGCCGCCCUCACAGCCACAGGCCUCCCAGCCGCAGCAAGCACAGCCCCAGGUGCCAACCGAACAGCAGCAGCAGAUGUACAGCUACUGAACCGAGCUGCAGAAAACGCGGGGCUAGGACCACGGAGAGGGCUUGGAUUUUCUGAGAUUUGUUUGCUGGAUACCAAACAAAGAAGAAAAAUCAUAUGUUGCAAUCUAAGUAAGGUUGACUUAGCUUUUGCAGAAUUAUCUCCAAAUCCUCCCAACAAACCAUGAGGUCUGUCAGCUUAACUCGAGAAGUGACCCCUGGCAGGCGAGAGUUUAAAACCUGACCAGGUUCCACGCUAUGCCUUACCAGGUAGUGCUCCUAGGCCAGGGCCACACCCCACCUGCCAUCGCAGAACUGUCUGUGUGAUUGACACAGAUUUGGGAAAGUGACACUUAGGGAGAAGCAGGAUCAUAAGAGGCAAGUAAUGUGUUAUUAGGAGCAUAAAUGGUCAGUUUCCUUUAUUCUUUUAGAGCUCACUUUUUAUAUUAAAACAGACAGUUUUCACAGGGGGCAACAUGCAGCAAGGAGACACAAUUUUUCAGCAGGCUAGCAGACAGAAGUACAGUCAUGUUGAUUCACUUUGAAAUUUGAGUUGAGUCAAUUUCGUUGUACAGCUGUGAACUGAAACCAUGUGUGACACGUGCUGUGGCAGCCCGGGACCCUCCAACCUUCAGGCUUACUGUAGGGAGGGGUCAUGUGAGGUCUCUGACUUGGGUGUAAAAGGCAUUUUAGUAAUAAUGCCCAUGAGUUGAUUUUCAGUAUGUUUUUUUCAUUUUUUUUUUUAAACACACAUUAUGUAUUCAAGACUCUACUGUGGCCAAUAUCAUUAUUUGUAUUUUAUUUUAACAUGGUAGUCGUUUGCACUGUAGGGCUCUCAGUCCAUGUCCAGUUCUGCACAGUGUCGUGAACACAGAGGGGCAGGCAGGUGUGCGCAGGGCACACCCUCGCUCCGUCACUUCUGGCGGCUCCUACAUGGUCGUCUCAGGGUUCUCUGCCAUCCACAAGUAUUUAUUAGAGCUGAAGCUUAGCUAAAAUCCUCUGAACAGAAGAACAGGGAAGAAAUUUAUGUUUUCUUUCUGUUUAAACUUUAAUUCUAGAGGUGAAUGUGUUUUCAAGACCAAUUUCCUAUAACAGUGUUGAUGAAUUUGGCUUUGCCGUGGGAAAGUAUAGGUAUUUGUGAAAUACGGAGAAAAUGCUAUGUCCUACUGGGGAGUAGUAAAAGCACAAGAGGUCACUUCAAUAGUAGAAGCACGAAAUGCACUAAUAACCAAAUGUGCUGAUUAACAGGUCUGUCAGGCAGCGACAUGCACUGUCAUACAUGCAUGCCAGAGAUAGAGACGAUGGGUCAGGCUCACGGGUGGCCGUGGCCACAGCCGGGUCCCCCUCCUGCUGCUCAGGAGACACAGAGAGGUGUGGGAAAGCAGUUUGAGUUUUACCUUCCUUGUAUUUUUUUUUUUAACACUGUCCAACACAAAAUGAUAAACUGGCCUUAUUUUGUCCUCGAUUCCUCUUUGUCCCAGAUCUUCUGUUACCUGGGAGAAACACUGACAGCAGGUCAGUCAGAAAAUAAUGAGGCCAGAGAAUCCUAGCAUUGCCUGUAAGGCAAAGGACGGCCUUCGUCACACAAAAGGCAACUUCCUCAGCACAUGACUUCAUUCCACAUAGCAGACUUCUGAGGACAGGGCUAGAAUCUGUCUCUCUCUGCAGUACGUGCAUCACGACCUAAGGAAAAUUCACCCACGCAGCACAGGGCAGGUCUACAGAGCCUGUGUCCCCCACACACUCCCACUUUCAGAUACUCCCAGCUCUCUCCUCUAGGCUGGAUUAAGGGCGGGAGAUCAUUUGACUUUUUAAUUUAUGAUAAUUAUUUUUAUGUUAUUUAUGUAUAUAAUUGCUUUAUACAUAAUAGCUUCUUCAGAUGAAUUUGUGCCAGGAGAGAUAUAUUUUCUAAAAUAUUGUCUCCAUUCUACGAAUAUAAGUGGUCCAGACAUCCUCAGAGUCAGCAGGAGAUCCAGAGUUCCUGAGAUAUUUUUUUAAAAAUCAAUGAAAUUUCUUUUUGUACUUGCAGAAUCUAAAGGGUGCGUGACCUAGUACAGAAUCCAAACAGGCCCUGGGCUCAUGAUUAAACAUCCACUAGCAUUUAUCUUUUAUUCCUCUUCCCUAUUAAAUAAAGGCCUUUAAAAUCACUAUUUUAUUUUUUUAAAGACGUUGUUUUAGUGCCUAGAGUAAGACUGCAUCACACGUUUUUAAAGAACCUAAUUUAGAUUGUGUGGCCACAGAUACAUCAUACUUCUUGUUAUAAGUGAGAACUCUAAAUAAAAAUCAAACUUAUUCUCUAGUUUUCUGUAGACAUAUGUGGUCUUACUGCGGUCGCUGUCUGAGGCAAAGUAGGUUUGUAAAAGCAAAAUGGAUAGCAAAAAACCACAAAGUACUACUCAGCCAAAAGAGUCAUUGACUGUACAUUGUUCUGUGUAUAUAUCAUUGUUUAUUGAUGAAAAGUAUUUAAUUUUUUUAACUGAUCCAAGGUGCACAGAUGUACCCAUAAAGGAAGAAAAAUUAGAUCAAGCCAUUGUGGCCACCAAACUCUGUGAAUCCAUCUCAGUUGUUAUAAAUUAAUAAAUCGUGAGAAUUUAUU